GGGGGGGGAGCUGGGGCAGCGGCUCCGUGCUGGCAGCCAGGACUAUGGCCCGCGUGGGCCCGCCUGCCACCACACAGCACCCGGCACCCGCGGCUGCAGCUCUCACGCUCGGCCUGUUCUGGCUGGAGGAUCCUGACAGCCCUCGGGCUCACGCCUCGCUCUCAGACUGAGGCGGCCCUGCCCAGCUUGGGGGUUGGGGGGGCAGCAGCUCUCCCAGCCCGUGCCUCCCGGGGCAGGAGCAGUUCCAGGGCUUUCGACUCCAAGCCCUCGUGGUUGCUAAGGCCAGGAUUCUGGGAGAGCUGCCUGCCAUGUCUGAGAGCUGGGCCUCAGCCUAGCCCACCCCGGGAUGGACUUGAAGGCCCCCAGGAAGCCUCGUCAGCUAAACAAGUCCAGGACCAAGGCCCAGGAGAGAUUUGCCAAAAACUUUCCAUAUAGGCUCUCUUGGUUGUCAGAGCCCAGCUCGGAGUCGCCGAAGCCCUGGGAAGCCAAGAGCACCCCUCAGAGGGAGAAGCUGCCCCUGCAGAAGAACCUCGUGCCCACCAGGUCCAUCCCGGUGCGAGGGCUCGGUGCUCCCGAUUUCACAGGCCCGCUGGGCUCCUGCCUGCCACCAUCGCCGCCGCUGCAGCCCCGGCUGUGUAAUCUUUGGGAACUCAAGUUACUCCAGUGUCGCUUCCCCAAACAGCUGUCCCACAAGCUGUGGCUGCUGCACGCCCGGGCCACACACUCCUGCACCAAUGAGGCAGCGGGGCCAUCCCGGGGCCUCGCCUAGAGCCCAGCGCCGUGUCCCUCAGGGCCACCUUCUCCUUGGCAUGCCCGGGGCAGUGGGCACAGAGGCUUGAGCCCCUUGGCUGUGGCGAACCAGGAACUCCCCUUCUCCCUACAGACAAUGCCAUGUUAAUAAACUUUGCAGGUUCAAA